AUGAGCCGCUCCCGCCCCUGCCCGCCCUCCUCCGCCCAGCCAGCCAGCGACGAACACGCCUUCCCCGCCAAGCCGGCCAAGCGCACCCUCGCCGUCACCUCGCCCGGCUGGGACCCGGUCGGCGACGACGAUGCGCUCUACAUCCAGAGCGACGACACCCACCGGCGCGCCUCCGCCCGGGCAGCCUGCAUCGACCAGGCCCUGCUCCACGCACGCAAGCGCAAACGCACCGCCGCGGCCAUCGACAGCAGCCAGCCCCCAUCCAGGCCCUCCACCGCCUCGCAACAAUCCCGCUCGGCGCUGAAACACGACGCCGAAGGCUGCUCGAACUGCCGCACCAAGCAGAGUACUUGCUGGUACAAAAAGAGGAACCCAGACGAGAAGCUCUGCAAUCGUGCCCCCACGGCGUCGAUCGCCAAGCUCCACUCCAACCUCGCCCGCAACCCCCGGCCCUCCCGCUCGCCCUCCCAGCUCACCCUGGCCGCCGAGCGCGAGGCCCGGAUCGUCAAGAAGAGCCUCGCCAAGGCCCACGCCAAGUCCGACGCGCUCAGGCUGCGCAAGGAGCCCCCCAAGUUCGCCUACAUCUCCGAGGAGGACGACGAGCUCUACGACAACCCCCGCCUCUCUCCCCCCCUCCCCCCGCCGCGCCCAACCAAACACAGCGCCCGAAGAGCCUCGCGCAGCAUCUCCCAGAAAAUCGAUCCCACCUCCGUCGGCAGACUGUCCACCAGAGGAGACACCUUCCCCCCCGUCGCUGCGUCUUCGAGCCGCCAUCCUACCGCAGAAGCAGCCCUCUAUCCUGGCGGCCCAAUCCUGGGCUCCUUCUCGAACCACCAUCUGUCCAGUGACCCUCCGCCCGCCGAGCAACAAGAGCUCUACGUCUCGCCCCCGAGGACGCCCCCGCCGAGCGCCCACCAGCUCCACCCGAGCGCCGCCAAAAGCCACGCCCCGCAGGCGGCGCGGGACUCGCCGGGGCAGCUGUGCAACAUCCUGUCGCCCUCGUUCCUGAACGGGAGUCCGAACUCGCUGCUGCGCCGGCUGAACGCGCACAAGCAUCUGAUCGACACCGAGGCCUCCUGUCUGGCCGACUUCCCGCCGCCAGGGAUGCCCGACAAGGUCUUCUCGCCCAGCCGGUUCCUGGGCGCGUCCGCCAAGCCGCUCCCGCCCGUCGCCGAGCCCGUCAAGCGAGCCGACCCCUCGCCGCCCUCGGCCGGCCCCGCCGGCUCCGUCGGCCUCCUGGACGCCCACCUCAACUCCGCCUCCUCCUCUGCCCCCAGCUUCAUCUUCUCCCCCUCCCGCGCCGCCGCAGCCAAGAAGGCGCCCCACAGGGGCCUGCCCGCCGUCCCCCGCAGACCCGCCCCGGCGGAGUUCCCCUUCCCGGGCCCGUCCAAGACUCGCCGGCCCAAGAAACCCCCGCCGGCCGACACGGACGGCGCCCCGCUGGACCUGGCGCUCCUCGAGCCCCUGUCCCCGCCGGCCUUCGGCGCCUCGUCGCGCACCAGGAGACCUGUCCAGCCAGGGGGGGCGACGAGUGGGGGGUGUCGGACGACGGGGACGCAGACGAUGGCGCGGACGAUCUGGUCGCGGCGACUGGAGGAGGGUGCGGGGGGGAUGUCGUCGUCGGAGUGGGCGAUGGAGCAGCUGUUGGGGCCGGCCCUGGGCGGGCCGUCUUCGGAGGCGGCGUGCUCGGAGGGCGGGAUGGAGCACGACGGGCCGGGCGACGAUCGCGGGCUGAGUGCGGCGGUGGUCCGGGGGCUGCAUGCCGGGCUGGGGGGCGCCCGGGAGCCCGGCCGCUCGGACGCCCUGGCCACCAGCAGCCCCCCCGUCCUGCCCCCGCCCAGCGACUGCUCCGAGGGCAUCACCCCGCUCUCCGCCGACCCGGCCAGCGACGAGCCCGACGAGGCCCUGCGCGUCCCGCCCCGCACAUCCACCGUCGGCCUCUCCCUCCGUCCCGUCCGCCGCGACGCCGAGCGGGCACACCACGCCACGCGCGCCUCGUUGGCCGACAUCACGCCCUCCUUCAACCGCCCCUCCCCGGCUCAGCAUCCCACCCCCAAGCCCGUCUUGGCCCCCGAGAUCAUCGCCGCCCUGAGCCAGGCCAUCAGCGCCGGCAUCUCCGCCGACGAGAUCGCCGACGUCCUCCGCGCCCUCGACGACCCCGGCCCGGCCCCCGGCCCGCGCCAGCACGCCCACCCUCCGAGCCCGCCCGCCAUCCCUGCGCCCGCUGCCCUCCACCACCAGCAGGGGGAGCAGCCUCUGGGAUCCCUCGACCCAGCCCUCGCCUUCCUCACCGCGCCCGACUUCUUCGCCCCCACGUCCGCCCCGCCCCCCACGGCCGGGCCCUUCGCCGCCCCGCCCCCAUACCUUCCUCCCCCUUUUCCCGCCGCCUCCACAACGACCUCUGCCGGCCCGCCGCCCGACCAGCAGCCCGGCCUGCCUCUCGACUGCCCCCUCUCCGUCCAGGACUUCGAACGCUUCUUCGGCUUCUCCCCCGCGCACAUCCUCGACGGAGCCGGACCCCCCGCCUGA